UCCCGUCCUCCCGUAUAACCGCCUAGAAUCGUCCACCUUUAGACAUUCCCGAUAAUAUUUAGAUACUUCGAGGCAGCCUCCCGCCUGGCCGCCCGGUCAUCCGUCUACCUACACCUGUCAUCCCUUCAAGCCCACACAUCGUCGCCCCGCUCUUGCAAACGUCCGCCUUGCUCAUUCUGCCCCUCAUUCUUUCAUACCAUAUAUGCCCUCAGAUCGCGUUGGCAAAUAGUCCCCAACCCUUGUUGUUAAAAGAAGCAGUUCUAGUGCAGAAGUCGAGGCUGUGUUCAUCUGCAACAGCUCGUCCCCCCGAAAUAAUUCCGUUGGCAUACCCUCCCUCCAGCUUGCACAUCACUCUGCCCUUACUCUUCUGGCGUCGACCAAUUUUACAGCGAUAUGGCCAAACUCAAGUUUGCCCCAUUCGCGUCUGAGAUUGAGCUGCCCUUCUAUUCGGCCUUGUUUGCCUCUAAGUUAGAUCAUGACAAGCUCAGCGACUCAGCACGCGCCGUUUUGGGUAUUUACGAGCCUCGUCCAGGCACAGCUCCAGACGAUAGUGUAAGGAUGCAGGUAUUGGCCAACGCACUCACCAGCAACCAUGUGCCACUAAAUGCUGUGCGUGCUGAAGGCAUCAUUCGAAACACAAAUACCAUGGAGGCGUUCCAACAAGUCAAUAGGUCUGAGAUGCUUCAGAACGCGGGACGACAGAUUUGGGACGCAAUCAAAGACGGUACCAUCUAUUCCGUUCCCUCACUCCUCGCUCAUUACGUUAUAUUCUCAUAUGCAGACCUCAAGAAGUACCGAAUGACGUACUGGUUCGGAUUUCCAGCACUGCAUUCCGACCCGCAGUGGAAGCGCACUGGAGAUAUUCUACGUUUUACCUCCGGUGAAACCACGGCACUGGCUGAUUGCAUAGGCACUUGGCGUUAUACCGUGGAUGCCAGGGAGUAUGGCUUCUUCCUCGCAAAGAAAGUCCGGGGGAAAGGAUCAUCAAAUGCCCAAUCGCCCCCCGAUAUGCCUGUAGAAGAUAUCGGCUAUACGUGGGAAAUUGGAUCACUUCGCGACUUCGAGUCUGGGUUCUUCCGGGGUGUGCCUGUAGAGGACAAAUAUGUGGCGUUUGUCGAUGCGUCCACAUAUGAGGAGCACCCAUCAUGGCCUCUGAGGAACUUAUUAAUACUGGUGAGGCAACGGUUCCACCUCACUAACGUUCAGAUCCUCUGUUACCGGGAUAUACAAUCACGUAGACAUGAGGCCCGCAGUAUCGUCCUUCCCCUGGCCAUAGAUGACGUGGAGAACAUCGAAACGACCGAGAUGCCCAAUGUCACUGGCUGGGAGCGAAGCCCGACCGGCAAGCUAGUAGCGAGGUCCGUAAGUCUGGCCGAAUCGAUGGACCCUAUUCGAUUGGCAGACCAAUCAGUUGAUCUCAAUCUCAAAUUGAUGAAGUGGCGGAUCUCCCCGGAUUUGAACCUCGACAUCAUCAAGAAUACCAAGUGUCUUCUCUUGGGUGCCGGUACCCUUGGCAGCUAUGUCUCGAGAAACCUGAUGGGAUGGGGUGUGCGCAAGAUCACCUUCGUUGAUUACGGAGCUGUAUCGUUCUCAAACCCGGUGAGGCAGCCCCUGUUCACCUACAAUGACUGUCUCAAGGGAGGUGCUCCGAAGGCGAUCCGGGCAGCAGAGGUGCUUAGAGAGAUCUAUCCCGGCGUGGACAGCGAAGGGCAUGUUCUCUCUGUCCCGAUGCUGGGCCAUCCCAUCGAGGGAAAAACACAGGGCGACUUUGCAAAACUCAAGUCUCUCAUCGAAGAGCACGACGCGAUCUUCCUCUUGAUGGACAGCAGGGAAUCAAGGUGGCUCCCUACCCUAAUGGGCAAGGCGGCGGGGAAGAUUGUCAUGAAUGCCGCCCUUGGCUUUGAUACGUACGUUGUAAUGCGACAUGGCGCGGAACCUAGUGACGGAAGUGAAGAUACACUGGGCUGUUACUUCUGCAACGACGUGGUAACACCUGGCGACUCACAGAAGGACUUGACGCUUGACCAGCAGUGCACUGUCACGCGGCCCGGCAUCGCUGCUAUUGCAUCGGCCCUGCUCGUCGAACUUUUAACGAGUCUCCUGCAGCACCCUCUUCUCCUUCAUGCGCCAGCUCCGGCUACCGGUGCCUCGUCAGGAUCCUACCAAAGUGACCCCAAAGACGAGUAUGCCCUCGGCAUAGUGCCGCACCAAAUUCGUGGGUUUUUGGGCAGGUUCCAGAAUCUUGUCAUCAAAGGUCAAUCAUACCCGUGUUGUAGUGCCUGUAGCAAGCCAAUCAUAUCAGCAUACAGGACUCAGGGGUGGGAAUUUGUGAGGCGUGCCCUCGAAGACAGGGAUUAUAUUUCCGAUAUUAGCGGCCUGUCCGAAGUCCAGAGGAAGGCCGAAGAAAUGGCCACGGAAGUGGAUUGGGAAGAAGAGGGUGGAAAUGACGGUGACGACGAAGGGGUUCUCCUCUAGAACGUCCUCCUAUUCACCACGUUUGCCGGGAUAAUAUCAAAAAAUCACCGGCCGAGUGUUUCAAGUUCCGGGAGUGGCUCCGGCGGCCCCAGACCAGACGGAAUAAUCGGUUGAUGUUGGGUAGCUCACAGACGCCGUCGAUUCGUGGGCACUGCCUCACGUAACGCCGAACGGUAUUAACAUGGUUUCCGCCCGGUUCAAGACGAGACGCG